AUGGCCACAGAAACCAAGGUACAAAUUAUCGAGAGGCAAACAAUUAAACCAUCCUCCGCAACUCCUCCUCACUUGAGAAGUUUUAAGCUCUCUUUUUUCGAUCAGACAGCUAUUGUAAUUUACAUCCCAAUCCUACUCUACUAUCCCAAUACUAGUUCUACUAGUAAGGUCAGAACUGGUCACCAUGACCAUGUCGUGGCCAUCAAUGAAAGAUGUCAGCAUCUAAUUGAAUCAUUAAGCAAAACUCUCACUCACUUCUACCCUUUAGCAGGAAGGAUUAUUGAAGGUAAAGCCAUGGUUGAAUGCAAUGAUGCAGGAGCUGAAUUUGUCAAAGCACGAAUCAAUUGUUCCUUAUCGGAGAUUUUGGAACACCCAGAUGCUCAGAUGUUGAAACAAUUCCUUCCAAUUGAAUAUGAAUCCAAAGAAGCAAGCACAGGCCGGUUGCUUCUUGUACAAGUCAACUGUUUUGAGUGUGGUGGAAUGACAAUUGGGUUGAGCAUUUCACAUAGGAUUGCUGAUGCAUCCACACUAUCCACUUUCAUCAAGUGUUGGACCACAAUAGCCUUUGGGUCCAGAGACAGUGAUCAG